AUGGCCAAGUCUAUCAACACUCCUCAGGCUCAGACGAUCAAACCAGAGCAUUAUUCUCACAGCCCUGUCCAUUACGCCGUCGUAUUGGGGGACCACACCACCCUCUCCAGAAUCAUCUCUUCUCUCCCUCGUCUCCCUGACCCUUCUCAAAUCCAAACCGAGGCCCAUUCCCUCGCUCAAGAACGACUCGCCGAUCAGAUCUCCGCCGUCCUCGACCGCCGUGACGUCCCUUUCAGAGAAACGCCUCUCCACCUCGCCGUCCGUCUCAAUGACCUAUUCGCCGCUCGCGCCCUCGCCACCGCAGGCGCCGACGUUUCCCUCCAGAAUUCCGCUGGCUGGAACGCCUUGCAGGAAUCACUCUGCCGCCGCGCCUCCGACAUUGCUCUCGUCCUCCUCCGCCUCCAUCACCGCAACGCCUGGUCCAAGUGGCGCCGCCGUCUCCCCCGCGUCAUCGCUGUCCUCCAUCGCAUGAAAGAUUUCUACAUGGAGAUCUCCUUUCACUUCGAGAGCUCCGUCAUUCCCUUCGUCGGCAAGAUCGCCCCCUCCGACACCUACAAAAUCUGGAAGCGAGACGGCAAUCUCCGCGCUGACACUUCGCUUGCGGGCUUCGACGGCUUGAAGAUCCAGCGCGCCGAUCAGAGCUUCCUCUUCCUCGGCGACGGCGAUCAGGCACGUGAUAUCCCCUCCGGUUCCUUGCUCGUUCUGAACCGCGAAGACCGCAAAAUCUUCGAUGCCUUCGAGAACGCAGGAGGACCUAUGAGCGAGUCUGACGUCGCCGGAUUCUGCUCUCAGACGAGCGUGUACCGUCCCGGCAUGGAUGUAACGAAGGCUGAGCUAGUAAGCAGAACGAAUUGGAGAAGACAGGAGAAGACGGAGAACGUAGGAGAGUGGAAAGCCAAGGUCUACGAAAUGCAGAACGUGGUCUUCAGUUUCCGGUCACGUAAAGUUGCCGGUGCGGAGAAUGACGUGGCAGGGAGCGAGCAAGUACUCCCUUUGGAACUGGACGAAGACGAAGACGGUUUUCUCGUUGCAGAGAAUCCGAGUUUCGGGUUUCCAAUGGGAGAAAAGAGAAGACACAGUAGCUUCGUUCGAGAAGAGAGGGAGUGGGUCCCAAUGGGAAGGAAAAGCGUGGACCUAAAAACGUCUGUGGCGGCCCCACCUCCGAGAAGCGUGAGCAUGCCGCAUACGAAGGAGAAGGAGUACGUGAGAAGUUUGCGGCCUUCGGUGUGGCUGACGGAGCAGUUUCCGUUGAAGACGGAGGAGCUUCUUCCGUUACUGGACAUACUGGCCAACAAGGUCAAAGCAGUCAGGAGGCUCAGAGAGUUGCUCACCACCAAGUUCCCGCCGGGAACUUUCCCGGUCAAGGUGGCUAUACCGGUGGUCCCUACAGUGAGGGUGGUGAUUACUUUCACAAAGUUCGUGGAGCUGCAACCCGUGGAGGAAUUCUACACUCCAUUCUCGAGUCCAAGGCAUUUGCUCAGUGGUGCAGGCGCAGGCAGAGAAUAUGAGCAGCAGCACAAACCAGAAAGCCGCUCCUCAUCAUCGUCUGUAGCAUCCACGUGGCUCAGACGAAAUAAUAGCAUGUCGGGUGCGGGGAAUAAGCAGCAACAACGAUGUUCUUCAAUGCAAUUGGAUUCAGACCCGUUUGCCAUUCCUGCUGGAUAUACAUGGACCAGUGUGGAUGACAAAUCAAGCAAAAUGAAGAAAUCCAAGUCCGUUAGAAAGUCCAAGUAAAUUAAACGAACUGGGAAGUAUUGGAUAAGAAAGGGAUGGUGUCUUAAUUUGUUAAUGAGGGUGUUUUUAACGCCAAGUUGCGUCCACAAUGUAGAUAUCCCGUCUAAUUUGUUAACCAGCUUUGGGCGUCGGGGAAAUAGUGUUCA